AUGCCUCCACAUAUGCAAGCGCCAACUCCCCACCGCCCCUCUCCCCCCAGAUUAACAACAACAUCUGACAUCACCGGCCCUGCCUGGGCACAACAAAACCUCUUACCAAUCGAUCGCCGCCCGCCCCGAGCGCCCUCUCCAAGGCCGCCCAACAACAUUGCUGCCACUGAUAUCUCCUCCUCCGCCCCACGCAUCAAGAAACGAAAACCCUGGCGAAAGCUCCUAUGGGUAAAACAAGACUACCCAGACAACUGGGUAGACCCUACCUUCCUCUCCCAACUCCAGCGCAACAUCAAUGUGCACCCUUACGACUUUUACAGCCUAGUAGCCGACUCCACGGUGAUUGUCCAGCACCUCUCCAGUGUCGUCAUAUUCGUAACUAGCUUUAUAGCAAUGUUCAAGGAGCGAGUCAGUCCAGUUUCUGUAGCGCUGGCAUCUACUGCUCUGACGGUCGCUGGGUGGGCAGUUUGGGACAUGGGUUGGGAGAAGCGGGAGAAGGUGGUUAGAGGGAUAAGGGAGCAUAGGAGGCGGGGUAAUGAGGCCGGGAGCAGUGGUGGGGGGGGGGGUGGGAGCGGCGGGCUUAGUCCCGGUGUUGGGCUUGGGUUGGUGAUGUCUGGGAGGGGGGAGAGUGGUGACGGUGGUGAUGGGAGUUAUUUCCCGCCAUACCCGCCGCUACCCCAGGAGAGAGGCGCUGGUGGAAGUAGCGGUGUAUCAACCCCCAACUCGCCGGUUAAGAAACACAGGAUGGAUUCCAUAGGCACUGGCGAUCACACCAGCACCUCUGCUGCCACUGCCGCUGCCGACGCUAAAGCCGCCCCGGAAUCCCAAGAUGAACAAUCAUACGUCCGCAGCGAACAGCGCUCCCGGAGAUUAAAAACUGCAAAGUCCACACUCUUAAUCUACUGUAACCCCCCCUCCCCUUCAACCAUUCAUCCUCUCCGGAAGUAAGACUAACGAAGAGAACAGUUACCCUCUUAGGUCUCUCCCCAAUUCUCCGCUCCCUGACCGGCAGCAUAACCGAUGACUCCAUCUGGGCCAUAGCCACCUGGCUCUUCCUCGCAAACACCCUCUCCUUCGACUAUGGCUCCGGUGUGGAAGUCAAGUUCCCCGCCUCCCUCUCCACUAACGCCGCCAUAACCUCCAGUGUCGUACUCGCCUCCCGCCUGCCAUCGGAAGGCGACUUGCCACCCAACACCGCACACGUCUUCUCCCUCAUACUCACCAGCAUUCAGGUUUUUGGGCUGUUUCCCGUGUUCAGGCGAUACUUGAAACACGUCUCCUGGGGGUUGCAUGUUUGCCUUACGGUCGUGCUUGUGCUCGGCGCCGCGGGGGGGUUAGGCGCUGUAGUUGGAUGGGGAUGGGCAGUCGUGUGGGUUUUGGGCGUCGUGGGUGGGAUGGGGGGGUGUGGGUGGUGGUUGAUCGGGCUGCAAAAAUAUAAGAAGUAUGUUUUCCCCCCUUGGUCUCUCUCUCUCUCUACGCCUAAUUGGCUAGUUGCUAAUGCCCUUCGACAGCGAGAUUCACGGACCCUGGGACCCUGCAAGACCGGUUAUCCGGCGGCAGUGGGAG